AUGAUUAGCACCAGUAUGAUCGAUCAUUCGGAUCAGGUUUUAGUGUGUCUGGGAGAAUUGUGCACAUCGGUUGAUUAUUCCGAUGUAACAUUCCUGGUACAGAACGAGCAGAUUCCAGCGCAUCGUGCAAUUUUAGCAGCUCGGUCCGAGUACUUCCGGGCACUACUGUACGGUGGGCUGAAGGAGAGCAACCAGAGCAAAAUAACGCUUGAUGUCUCUUCGACCGCUUUCAAGCAGCUGCUACGGUACAUCUACACCGGCUCCUCGGAGUUGAAGGACAUGGAGGUGGACGAUAUACUGACCUUGCUCGGAUUAGUCCACCAAUAUGGCAUCACUGCCUUCGUGAAAGCCAUCUCGGACUACCUGUAUGGCGUGUUGACUGUGGCCAACGUGUUUACCAUUGCAGACGAGGCCCGUCUGCUCGAUCUGGCGGAAUUGGCGGAUAAAUGUUACGAAUUUAUGGAUGGAAAUGCGUGUAGCGUAAUCAAACACGAUUCUCUGAGCAAUCUGUCGUUCGACACGCUUGUCAUGGUGCUCGGUCGUGAAAGGUUCAAGCACAUCGAAGAGAUCGAAAUUUUCCAAGCCGUUCACAAACGGUGCCAGAAUAACGAUGUAGCCGAAGGAGAGAAAAAAUUUCUUUAUGAGAAAGUACAAUAUUCAGCGAUACCUCGAAACAAUCUACUGCAAAUAGUGCGACCUACCAGUGUUGUAAAUUCCGAACAUCUGCUGAACAUAAUUUCCAUCCAGGAUGGAAUCGGUCUACAUCCCUAUCAACCACCACCAGGCAAAACAUUGCUGCCAGUCACGGAGCCAGCCAAGUGUACCGUGUGCCGAUCCUACCGGAAGGAAGAAGAACCGUGUACAAAGACAAUGGAAUUCAUCUUUACUGGAAGUGAUCGACCGGUACAGACCGCAAUAUUCUGCAAAGAAAGUCAAUCUUCACGUAUGUUUUCCGGUGAAAUGGAUCUUAAGUUCCUGUUCGCGACCUUCUUCGCCCUGCUGGCGGCGGCCAUGGGACAGACACCGGUCAACUCCGUCGAAUCGGUCGAAUCGGCCGAAUCUGCAGCCUCCAACUCGGCAUCGAACGAAUCGUAA